GCUGCGUGGGCUGGCCACGGAUUGGAGAAUUCAAGGCUGGGGCUAUUGAGUCAAGGCCUCUGCAGGUCCGAAAGCGUGUGUCCCAACACUUCUGUCCUUCCUCGUACCUGCACCGCCAAGGUAAGUGGGCUGGGGGCUGAGGCAGAGGGGGCUCGAGAAGGAAGGCAAGUCAGCUCAGCCACGGACCCGCGGGUACUCCAGACAUCGCCCCCGCCAGCUCCUCUGCCUUGGCUGCUGCAGGAAGUUCAUAUUCGCGGAGAGACAGAAAUAGAGAGUUGGGAGAAAUCCGGGAUUCGGGGACGCUGGUGGGGCUGCCUGCAGCUCCCGCUGCCCCUCCAGAAGCCAGCUAGACUCACAUCCUGGGCUCGGUUCUCCUAGGAGGUCGGUGGAGCCUCUGGACGUGGUAUGCGCUCUGAGGAAUCCUCAGUGACUGCAGGCGCCGAAGUCGGUCGAGCUGCUUUGCUUAAGUGACGUGGCAGCCCACUUUUCCGCGGGGAAACCUCUGGUCUCCUGGACCUUGAAGCUUCCCUCUCGUUGCGUUGUCCUGCUGCUUCAUUUCCUCAACAUUUUCACAGAACAAAACUGCAACCAAACAAACAAACAAACGAGAGAACCUCUUCUGCUGUCGCCUAUGCAAAAGGAUAUACUUGAGUUAAAUCUUCCCAAAGUGUAGAACUCAACUGAAUAAGCCUUCUGAGCAGUUGAAGCUCAGGAUGGCUACUAGAUUGAUGGAGGCUGUAGCCAUGGACAACCAAGUUUCUGAAGAGGAAUUGGGACUUUUAACAGUGAAGAUAGAGGAGGAAGAUUACUCUUUGGACCAGGAAUCCAGCUUAAGAGGGGACAAACCCUCUCCUCAGGAAAUUUUCCGUCAGCGAUUCAGACAGUUCUGCUACCAGGAGACCCCAGGACCACGUGAGGCUCUGAACCAACUCCGGGAUCUUUGUCAUCAGUGGCUGAGGCCAAAAAUGCACACAAAAGAACAAAUCCUAGAGUUACUGGUGCUGGAGCAGUUCCUAACCAUCCUGCCCAAAGAGGUCCAGUCCUGGGUGAGAGAACACCAUCCGCAGAAUGGAGAGGAAGUGGUGACUGUAUUGGAGGAUUUGGAGAGAAAACCUGAUGAUCCAGGACAGCAGGUCCCAAACUGUGCUUACAGACAGGAGGUCCUUUCAGAGGAGAUGGCACAUAAGGUACAGGAAUCAUGGCAUGGCAAGCUCCAGACCAUGGAGACCCAGGUCAAGUGUGAGUUUCCAGAGCUUCAUGCCCUACAAGAGAAAGUUAAUGACACCAAGUCCAAGUUAAUUGCUGAGGAGAAAUAUUCAGAAGAAAUGGAACCACAAAGAAAGAUAUCUGAUAGUCUCAGCUGUGAGAUUUCCCAGGUCCUACAGUAUGGAGAAACCUGUGGACAUGAUGAAAAGUUAAAAACACAGCAGGGAAACCCUAUAAGAGAGAGACGACAUAAAUGUGAUGAGUGUGGGAAAAGCUUCACUCAAAGUUCGGAUCUUAUUAGACACUGGAGAGUCCACACUGGAGAGAAACCCUAUGAAUGUAAUCAAUGUGGGAAAGCUUUUAGCCAGAGUACAGGUCUUAUUCUACAUCAGAGAAUCCAUAGUGGAGAGAAACCUUACAAAUGUAAUGAGUGUGGGAAAGCCUUUAGUCACAAUUCACAUCUUAUUAGACAUUGGAGAAUACAUAGUGGGGAGAAACCUUAUGAAUGUGAUGAAUGUGGGAAAGCCUUCAGUAAGAGGUCAGGUCUCACUGAACAUCAAAGAAUCCACAGUGGAGAGAGACCCUACAAAUGCAAAGCAUGUGGGAAAGCUUUCUGUAGGAAAAGUGACCUUGCUGAACAUCAGAUGAUACAUACAGGGGAGAAAGCCUAUCGAUGUGAUGAGUGUGGAAAAGCCUUCUUUCACAAGUCAAGUCUUAUUCGACAUCAAAGAAUUCAUACUGGGGAGAAACCUUAUAAAUGUGAUGAAUGUGGAAAAGCCUUUAGAGAAACAUCAGUCCUCAUUGAGCACCAAAGAAUUCACACUGGUGAAAAACCAUAUAAAUGUGAUCAUUGUGCAAAAGCUUUUAGAAAGAAGUCACGACUUAUUGGACAUCAGAGAAGUCACACUGGAGUGAGACCAUAUAAAUGUAAAGAAUGUGGGAAAGCUUUCAGUGGCAAUGCUGGCCUUAUUGAACAUCAUAGAAUUCAUACUGGGGAGAAACCAUAUAAAUGUGGUAAAUGUGGUAAAGACUUUAGAAAGAGGUCUGGUCUUAUUGAACAUCAGAGAAUUCACACUGGAGUAAGACCCUAUAAAUGUAAAGAAUGUGGAAAAGCCUUCCGUGGUAACACUGUCCUUACUGAACAUCAGAGAAUCCAUACUGGUGAAAAACCCCACAAAUGUAUUAAGUGUGGAAAAGCCUUCAUAAAAAAAUCAGGUCUUACUGAACAUCAGAGAAGUCACACUGGAGAAAGACCCUACAAGUGUAAAGAAUGUGGGAAAGCCUUUAGUGGGAGUACAGGACUUAUCCAACAUCAGAGAAUCCACACUGGGGAGAAAGCAUUUCAGUGUGAUGUGUGUGGCAAAGAAUUUAUUUGGCGAUCAAGUCUUAUUCAGCAUCAGAGAAUACACACUGGAGAGAAACCUUUUCAGUGUGAUGUGUGUGGUAAAGAGUUCCUUUGGAGGUCAAGCCUUAUUCAACAUCAGAGAAUUCACAAUGUAGAAAAACCCAUUUCGUUCUCUUUGGGGAACGUUUCCCGGUCAGUCGCCUUCCCUCCUCCCGCUCUCCCCCUCAUAGUCAUCACGCAAUUCCGGCUGGGCCUGGACGUUCACGGUGAGUCGGGGCCGGGGUCCGGGCAGGGGAACGGGCUUUGUAGGCAGGCAGAGGCCGGUCCUGGGCGGGUUGCGGAGGAGGAGCCCUUCUUUCUCCAUCGCCGGCCUUGGCGGCUGCAGAAGUACCGUGUCCUCAGGGAGAGGGGUCCAGGGAAAACCCCCACUGAAGUGCGGGGGGCUGCGGAGGACACAGCCGCCUCCUUUUUGGCGGACAAGGCCCGGUCUCUGGCGCUGGAUUCGGCUGCGCUUGUCCCGAGUAAGCUUUCUCCCAAGCUCUUCCAGCUCCAGAUGGCUGUAGAAUCCAGGGAGACAGUAGGCCUAGCUCCUCUGGUUCAGUCUCCAGAGGAAGGUCUUGUGAUAGUAAAAGUAGAGGAGGAAGACCACAACUGGGACCAGGAAUCCAGCUUCCAUGAGCCUAACCCUCAUGGCCAGGAGGUCUUCCGCCAGCGCUUCAGACAGUUCUGCUACAGGGAGACACUAGGGCCUCGUGAAGCUUUGAUCCAGCUUCGAGCUCUUUGCCAUCAGUGGCUAAGACCAGAUUUGCACACAAAGGAGCAGAUCCUAGAACUGCUGGUGCUAGAGCAGUUCCUGUCCAUUCUGCCGGGGGAACUUCAGACCUUGGUGCAGGAGCAUCAUCUAGAGAGUGGAGAGGAAGUGGUAACUGUGUUGGAGGAUUUGGAGAGACAUAUUAAUAUACUAGGACAAGAGGUCCCAGCGCAUGCCAGUGGAAUGCCCUGGGAAGAGAGAACAACUCUGGGAGCAGCACAAGAACCACCAAAUAUCCAGCCACAGCCUAUGGGACUCAAGUGUGACUCUUCAGACUCUCAGAUUCUUCAAGAAAGAGCUCUGUCCAUUCCCCAGGCUCCUGCUUCAUCCCAGAAGGGAAGCCCACGAGACCAGGAGAUGGCAGCUGCACUUCUCACAGCUGGGUUCCAGACUUUGGUGAAGAUCGAGGACAUGGCAGUAUCUCUUAUCCAGGAGGAGUGGGGACUUCUUGAUCCAGCACAGAAAGACCUGUGUAGUGAUGGCAGGCCGGAGAAUUAUGGCCACAUGUACUCUUUAGGUGGUGAGACCAGGAAUGAGAACAGGGAUUUAACUCAAAAACAGGUAAUAUCUGCUGAAAUGGAAUCAAAUGGAGAGAGAACUGCCAAGCGUAAUGGGAGUGUUCCUGAGAAUGUUGACCACGGACAAGCUAGUGAAUAUACGGGCAGGUUAGACCGACGGCGAGGAAACCCUCCCAGCGGAGAGAGACGACAUAAAUGUGAGGAAUGUGGGAAGAGCUUUGCCCAAAGCUCAGGCCUUGUACGACACUGGAGAAUCCACACUGGCGAAAAACCAUAUCAAUGUAAUGUGUGUGGUAAAGCUUUCAGUUACAGGUCAGCCCUUCUUUCACAUCAGGAUAUCCACAACAAAGUAAAACGCUAUCAUUGUAAGGAGUGUGGGAAAGCCUUUAGUCAGAACACAGGACUUAUUCUACAUCAGAGAAUCCACACUGGGGAAAAGCCCUAUGAAUGUAAUCAGUGUGGAAAGGCUUUUAGUCAGAGUGCAGGCCUAAUUCUACAUCAGAGAAUCCACAGUGGGGAAAAGCCCUACGAAUGUAACGAAUGUGGGAAAGCUUUUAGUCAUAGUUCUCACCUUAUUGGACAUCAGAGAAUCCACACUGGGGAGAAACCCUAUGAAUGUGAUGAGUGUGGAAAAACUUUCAGGAGGAGCUCACACCUCAUUGGCCAUCAGAGAAGCCACACUGGGGAGAAACCCUACAAAUGUGGUGAAUGUGGGAGAGCUUUCAGUCAGAAGUCAGGCCUUAUUGAACAUCAAAGAAUCCACACAGGAGAGAGACCCUAUAAAUGUAAAGAAUGUGGGAAAGCUUUCAAUGGGAACACAGGCCUUAUUCAACAUCUGAGAAUCCAUACUGGGGAGAAACCUUAUCAGUGUGGUGCAUGUGGAAAGGCCUUUAUUCAAAGGUCAAGUCUUAUUCGACAUCAGAGAAUACACAGUGCAGAAAAAUCUGAAUCCACAUAAUAUGUAUGAAAGCUUUCAGUCACAAUUCAAGCAUUAUUCAACCAUUAGAGAAUUAGAUGCCAUCCCUCAGAGCCUAGAAGAGUGCUUUGCAACUAGUAGGUUGCUUAAUAAAUGUUUGUUGAAUUUGAAUUGAAACUACACUGGAGAGAGUCCCUAUCAUUGUAGUAAAUGAGUGAAAAGUUAGUCACUGUUAUAACCUUAUCUAGUAUCUAGUAUUAUAGAAUCCACAUGAUAUAGCCACACUAUAAUAGCUCUUCAGAGCAAGUUGGGCAAAAUUUACUGAUAUUUUGGCCCAUUAUGUAAUGGGAUAGAGCUUUUAAGUUGCCUAUUUAUCCUCUGAAAGUGAAAAAUGUGUUUGAAUAAGCUGCUUAUUUACCACCCAAGGAAUUUAACUAUGGUUCUGGCUAAGUGACUAUGGAUUUGAGAGCUGCUACUACUCCUUUCACCACUGCAUCUUGUCUUUCCCAUUGUUUUCUUUCACAUAUUCUUCAUUGAAAUUACUGUCAUGUCCUUAAUUGGAUGUACAGUGCUACUUUAGAAUAUCAUGAAACCUCAUGAAAAACUUCAAGCUUUAUAAGACCAUAGGAAAAUUUUGAAAAGUACUUAAUACUAUCAUGCUAAUAUACCCACAUUUUAUUGUAAAUGCUUCUGUGAUUGUCUCCACUGUUUGUGAAUUCUUUAUUGCUUUUUGAAUUCAGAAUGCUUUAUUUUAAAAACCAUACCCAAAGGGUCUUUCUUUUUGUCAUGUCAUUUUAUUGACUCCUUUGGAUGCACAGACUAUAUUAUGUCCAUUACUUUUGGCGAAGUCAUCAGAGGAAGUGAAAGCAAAAUAAUGAUGGUAGGAGUAAAGCAAAAAAAUAGGUGAACAGAAACUUUGGCCUAGUUUUUCUGUCAAAGUUCAAAUAACUGUCCUUUAUGGCUUCCAUUCCUUUAUAUAGUACCAUCCACCUUUUCUAAACCUUUUAAACAGACCCAUACCAUACAACCCUCAAGAUGUCACAGAUUGGGAAAAACAGAGGCUCAAGAUAAAAUAGAUCUAAAGGAUAUACAUUUCUUCUGAACCAUUAUUUUUCUGCUCUCUCUAAUGUUCUAAUCUGUCUCUAUUAUCCAGAUUGUUAAUUGGGCUGUUUGUCACUACCCUGGAGUCAACUUCCAUAGACAACAUAAGUAGAUGGUACAUACUGUUCCUUUUUGCUUUGUUUCUGGCUAUUAACUUCAGUGAUUUCAGCAUCUGAUUUGAUAACCCAGGCAUAACCUUAGUUUUAAAGGUUCUUUCUCUCCUGGACUGUAUUGACCUCCAUCUCUACUCUGUGUCAGGCCGACUAACCACCAGGCACACACCAUGAACUUUAUGAUUCUAAAUAACUGCUCUGUUUCUGAGGUUUCCAGGAUAUGGGCUGUGACUAUAAAGUGAUGAGGUUAAUAUUUUAAAUGACCAUACCAGAACUCAGGAAGCCAUAUACUUUUUCUAAUAACAUUGUCAUUCCUCAAGAUUUCCUUGGAACUCCUUAUUUUUAGUUAGCUUUAGAGCCAAUUUAAAAGUCAUGCAAGAAACUCAUGCCUAUUACUUGAUAGUUAUAACUCAAUUUUUUUUUCUAAACUGUAUUUUCCAAUUUGAUAAUCCUCUUAUUAGUAGCUUGGAUACAAACUCCUCUGGGUUGUUUUUAAAAACCAGGUACCAUCAGUCCUCUAAAAGGUUAAAGAUUUUCCACCUGUGAAGAUAUUAAAAAAGCAUGUGAUAUGGGAUCUCAGUGUAAUUCCAAAGAAACCCUAAGAAUGCUUUGAGGAUUUACUUGGUUGGAAUGAUUAUAAGGUCUCCUAAUGUAAUCGCUUUACAAGGAUAACAACUGUUUGCAGGUAUGAGAGAGGCAAUGUGGAAUAGUAGAUAGAAUGCUGGACUCUCGGAGUCAGGAAAAGAGCUUCAAUUCUUGCUUCUGACAAUAACUUUAUAAUGCUGAGUAACUCACAAGCAAUUAUAUGUGAUUUAAUCAGUUCCCUAGCACUUAUCUACGACAUCAUAGAUGGCUUGCAAUCUGUGGUAGUGGAUGGGAGUUUCCAAAACAGGAGUUCCCUACUUACACUUACGAAAUCAGAUUCUUAUGUAUGUUUGGUUUUUGAAUCUCAUCACCUUAUAGGUCAUAUGUUAUAGUAGAGCAAUCUCCCUCCUUUCACCCACCCCCCCCACUAAAAUUUCCUCCCACAUGACAUCUUUAUAACAUCCAUCCUUAAUUAAAUUUCCCCUCACCAAACUGUGUUUCAAUAUUAUAUUCAGUCUCUCAGCUCAUAUUGCUUGCCUUCCUUACACUGGCCCUACUCCAUUAGUCACCUAGAACCUCAUUGUCAAAUACUUUAGCCUUUCCACCUUUCUCACUUCACUUCUCUUAGUCCGUUGUCAUACUAGUCCCAGAUUGAGAUAAUCUCCUGCCAUAGAUAAUUCCCUAGAUAACUCCUUUCAGAUGUAUACCUGUUAACUAAUGAUUUAGAAAAUCCCAGAACCAAGCCACUUUAACCUACUAAAGAUUCUUCCUCUUCCUCUAGUUUCUGUAAGAUAUAGAUUUUGCUUAGGACAUGUUUUGUGCAUACACAUGUUCCUUAGGGUGAGAUUUCUGAUGGACGGUAAAAACAUCUGUUACGUGGGCUCUAUCGUGUCUCUUAUCCCUCCCCUUUUCAUUUAUUCAACAGACAUUACUCAUGUGCCUUCUGUAAGGAGAGCUCUUUACUAAGGUUCAGGGGGAGAUUUAAAAAAAAGUUUAGAAAAUAAUACUUGCCUUCAUGGAGCUUAAAUUCUAAAAUGUUACAGUUAUGGUUAUGGGAUCUCAGAGUUGGAAAAGACCCAGGGGCCAUCUUCUUCAAUUCAUUCUUGACCAAGAGUGCUUUUCAAAACAUCCCCAACAAGUGACCAUACAGUCUAUACUUGAUAUUCACUAGUAAUCUAGUGAGUAAUCUACCUCUUCAGAUAGGCACUCCACUUUUAGAUGGAUUUAAUUGGUAGGAAGCCUAAAUCUACAGAUUUUAAUCAUUGCCAUAGUUUUUCCCACUGAGAACAAGCAAAAAAUGUCUAAGGACUCUUCCACCUAACAGUCCUUUGGCUACGUGAAGAUAAUUAUCCUGGUCUUUGAAAGAUGACUAACAGUGACUCAUCACUCAUACCUGGCAGUUUUUUUCCAGUAUCUUUGAUGUGUAGUUAUUUGGAACAGAUGACUUGAAGUCAGAGCAUCCAGGAGCUUUCUUAUUGUAUUCUUACCUAGGAUGUCAAAUCCUUAUUAGGCAUUAAGCCUUUUUUCUCCUUCGCAGAGAAAAUAGAAGCAAAAUAAGAGUUAAUGAAUUUAUCCUUUCCAUUCUUUUUCAUCCUGUAAUUCACUCCAAGACUAGGCCUGUCCCUUUUUGGAUACUCUAACAAAGUUUUUAAGAAUUUAAUUUCCUACCUAUCUAGUAGCUCAUUCUGAACUUUAGUCCUCCAGACACUAUAUAGUAUCAUGCCAUGUUUUUUAUUCAUCCUGUUUUCUACCAAAGCUAGUCUCUUUAGACUCCCCUUACUCAAAAUUAUUUGUGUGUGUGUUUUCAGAAUUUUAUUCUUGAGAUCUUUUUGGGCUCAUACUUUUUGGGCUUACCCUGUUGAAUUUGGGCCUUGGGAUCCUUCCUGUUCUUUCUUUGAACCUUUCAAAAUCUGCCAAAAUCUAGAGUGCAUUUUAAACUUCUUGGCUAGCUUCUUUGCUAUCAUGAAUUCUAAAAGGCUUCUCAUUGUUUCUUUGUUGGUAAGAAUCAGGUCCAAAAUAGUGGUGUCCCAGUCUCUCUAUGUCCUUCUCCCCCUCCCCCUGCACUUCUAGGAUGAAUGCCAAGGCAAAAAUUGAUUUAGCAUUGAGAGUUUUGGCAGAUACUCACAGAUAAUCAGAAUCCUGAAUCACUAUAUUAUGUUCCUGUGUUCUCUUUCAUGAACUCUUUAUCUAUUUCCUCUUCCUAUUCAAGUCGUCUGUAAUAUACUCUUAUGACAGGAUUGCUGCUGUUUCUCCCUCUGCUGAUUUUCACCCAGAUACUCUCAAGCUUUCCCACUCUGGUUUCUGGAGUUUUUCAUGCAAGUAUAUUUUCUUUAUAUUUAGUGCUGCUCUGCUCCCUUUUAAUCUCUUCCUUUUCAAGUAAGAUAUUCUAGAACCAUAA